UUGUUUAUGCCCAUCAUGGUCGGAUUGUUCAAUGUCCUGAUCACCGAUGAGAAUUUCAAUGUCUUUGAUGCCUCUAUGCAUUAUUAUGUCACACCAGGUCCAAUUUAUUCACCUGGUGGCAUUGUGUCAUGGAUGGGUCAACUCAACAAUUUUGUAGCUGGCAUGAAAGCUACACUCCUCAUACUGCCCAAGGAUGCCUUUGGAAACAAUGUUACAUCUCUAAGUGAAGGCAGAAACAUCGACGGUUUUGAGGUAUAUGCAACAUAUGCAAAUGGUUCCAACGUAAUUCUGCAGGAUGUCAGCAACCAAGGAUGGAAUGGAUUUGGUUAUCUCUGCAUUCAGUUUACUUUAACCACGGCAGGAAGUUUCUUAGCUCACGUAAAACAAAAAAACGAAACCUUGAUUGGUUCCCCAUUGCCUUUCACAGUUGACCCAGAUGCACUUGAUGUUGGCAACUGUUUGCCAGAGUGGAGCACUGAAACAGAAUCCUUUCAGCUAUUUUCUACAAUGGAAACUUUUAUAAACCAGCGAGAUAAAUUUGGGAACCUUGUUCCAGGACUGUGUGCAUUUGAUUUUGAUGUGAUGGAGAAGGGUACAAACUUGUCUUUGCCCAUUGGUGACUUGCAAUAUGAUGAGGUAUUGCCGGGUAUUCAGUCAUUUUCUUUCAAGCUAGUUGAACCAGGGGAUUUCAUCCUCAUGAUUUCAGAUAAGGAUAAGAAGAACCAGAUCUUGAAUAUGCCCUACGAAUUUAACGUCUACAUAGGCUAUGUCGAUGGACUCGCCAGUAUUGUCAAUGGAUCUGGUUUAAAUAACUCUGUUGCUGGGGAAGUUUCCAAGUUUUCUAUCUUGUUAAGGGAUGCUUAUCAAUAUCCUUCUCCACUCGAGUUACAAAGGCUUCAAGUACAUAUUACACUGCCUUCACUCUCGCUUCGCUUGUAUCCACAGAUAUCUCCAAUGGAUUCUGUCGAUGGUACUCGGCCAACUGGAAUACUGGAUUAUGGUCCAUUUGAUCCUACUGGAAUUGCUUCAGUUCCAUCUGUGUACCCAUAUAACAAUUCAGCUCGGAACUGGAAAACAAUGAGUAGUGCCUUUGAUGUCCUUUAUGUGCCUGAAAAGAGCGGGGUAUAUGAAAUUCGUGUAUUUUGUGGUAACAUUCCACUGAAUGAUGGUAUUCCAUAUAUAAAGGCAGUAAGUGCAGGCAAGGUCAAUUCAUCCAUAUCAAGAAUUGUAAAUUUUGCACCAAAGGUCUCAAGGUUGAUUGUAAAUGAUAUAGUGGUGCAACUGAUGGAUUCUUUUUCUAACCCAGUCUUGUUACAAGCAUCAAAUUUGUUCCUGCAAAUUGCUUCAAUCAACAGAUCAUCUUUCACAGUCUUCUUGUUCGUAGACAACAAAGAUGGGACGUACACGGGCUCCUACCUACUGAUGGAAGUUGGAAUUUAUGAGAUGUGUGUUACAUUCGAUGUAACACAUUUAUUGCCCUGUCCCUUUGGGGUAAAUGCGUACAUCCGUGAUUACUUCCCCAUAGCCUACAACGAUACAGUCUCUGUAUGGGAGGAUGAAUCCAUAGCUUUUAAUGCCGUAGGAAACGAUUUCUAUGCCGGCGGAAAUGCAACAGUCAUUGAAUAUCAGAAGGCAGGUCAUGGUUCAGUUUUGCAGUAUGGAAAUCUCUUCAGAUAUACACCAUAUAAGGGAUUUUACGGAAAUGAUUCAUUCCUGUACACAAUAUCAGAUGUAAAUGGCAACAUCGCGUCUGGUUUUGUGAACGUAUAUGUCCUCUGCAUUCCCCCACAGUUUGUUUCUUUUCCAAGUGAGUUGCAAGCAAAUGAAGAUAUACUCGGUCCUAAAUUUGGUGGUUUUCCUGGCUUUGAGAUCACAUAUUCAGCCACCCUAGAGAACAUCUCGGUUAUGCUCAGUGCACAACAUGGGACCGUCUUUCUUUCUCCUCUACCGAUGCAACUUUGGGAUCCCAUGUGGAGUGAACUUUCAGUCAGUAAAAUGGAAGGGAGGGCUGAAGACUUACAUUUAGUUGGUCGCUUGGAAGUGAUCAACUUCGCCCUCCAGUCGCUCCAAUACAUAGGAGAUGAGAACUUCAGUGGCACUGAUUCUAUCAGGGUCUCUACCAUCAACAAAAAUGGAAGAAACAAUUUGGAUGUUCCAGUCUCUGUCAAACCAAUCAAUGAUCCUCCUUUCAUAAAUGUACCUGAGUUCAUCAUCUUGAAGAAUGAGACAGAAGACAAAGGAAUCCUGAUCUUUGAUAGACAACUAGACAAGUUUAACUUCUCCAUUGGGGAUCCAGAUCAUCUUCACUUCCCAGGCAAUGAGAGUCUCUUUCGGGUCAUGUUUUCUUUGGAAGUUAGUUCUGGAUUUUUCUCAACCAAGCUACCAGCUGAGCUAAUAAGCACAACUGAAUUGAAGUUGAAGAAUAGCAAGCAGUGGCAACCCCUUCAAACAUUUGUGGAAAUCUCAGGACAUUUUACCGUCAAAGCGAAAGGCAUAAGAUUCCGGGGAACAAUUAAUGACUGCAACAAUGUUCUCCAACAACUGCUUUACUAUGGUGAUGAACAUGGUGGAGUCCUUAGGGUGAAUGUUAAUGAUAUGGGGUGGUAUGGGUGUUAUCCAGAUUGUGCAGAAAUGAUGUCAGUGCCUCUAAUUUCUGAGGCUACUGUUAACUUGAUAACAAGGAUGCCUGUGACUCCGAUGGUAGAUCAUUGUAAGUUUACUUGAAAGAGAUAUCAAUGUAUUACUACUUUUAGAGUGUAACUUCCCUGUCAAGUGACGAUUGUUGGAUUGCAUGAUGUACAGCUGUUGAGUCGGUGAUUGUGCUCGAACUCAUUGUACUGUCUUCUUUGACCAUGAUACUGUUGUUUUUCACGUGUAAA